AAAUCUAGUCUGUUUGUGUUUUGACGUUUUUGUAAAGCGUUCUGCAGACCACUACACAAGUCUACAAGCAAGGACAAAAUCAGCGUUCUGUAACCGGGAUAAAAAAAGAGGAGACAAAAUGGCAUCGGACUCUCCACGCAGACCUAGUCGCUGUGCUGGAGGGGUUCUGGUUCGUGCACAAGCUGCUACGGAGCAGUCUUACAUGGAAAGUGUGGUGACCUUUCUGCAGGAUGUGGUCCCCCAGGCAUAUACUGGGGCUCCCCCAACAGAUGAAAAAGAGAAAAUCAUUUGGGUUCGAUUCGAGAAAGCUGACAUCAACGACACUGCCCGCAAUCCGGAGUUUAUGGAGAUGCACAGCGGCACUACUGACCCUCCUCUCUGCCUCAUGAUUGGCUACACUGACGGGAUGCAGAUCUGGACCGUAUCUCUGGCAGGGGAAGCCCAAGAGCUGUUCUCAGUGCGCCACGGUCCUGUGCGAGCUGCUCGCAUCCUGCCGGCUCCUCAUAUCAGUCCUCUGAAGACAGACAGUUUUGCUGACAAGAGGCCCCUGCUGGGGGUUUGCAAGAGUACUGGGUCCUCUGGGACAAGCCCUCCCUACUGUUGUGCUGACCUGUAUUCUCUACGGACAGGGGAAAUGGUCAAAUCAAUUCAGUUCAAGACGCCCAUCUAUGAUCUCCACUGCAACAAACAUAUUCUUGCUGUGAGCCUGCAGGAGAAGAUUGCUGCAUUUGACAGCUGCACCUUCACUAAGAAGUUCUUUGUUACGAGCUGCUACCCCUGCCCCGGCCCCAACCUCAAUCCAAUAGCUCUGGCAAGCCGCUGGUUGGCCUAUGCUGAGAACAAGUUGAUCAGAUGUCACCAGUCUCGUGGAGGAGCUUGCGGUGACAAUGCACAGUCCUAUACGGCCACAGUGAUCAAUGCAGCCAAAACUUUAAAAACAGGCUUGACAAUGGUGGGUAAAGUUGUCACCCAGUUGGCAGGCACCCUCCCAGCAGGCACUCCGGACGAGGAGGGUACGCCUCACAGUGCGAGCCGCCGCAGCCCCCACAACCCCGGUGUGGUCACCAUCAUUGACACACACAGUGUCGGUGAAGGACAGGUCUUGGUGAGUGAGGACUCGGACGGAGAAGGAGUGGUGGCUCACUUCCCAGCUCAUGACAAACCCAUAUCCUGCAUGCAAUUCAACCCCAGUGGAAUGCUGCUGGUGACUGCCGACACUCUGGGCCACGAUUUUCACGUCUUCCAGAUUCUCACCCACCCAUGGGCGUCCUCACAGAGCGCUGUUCACCACCUCUACACCCUGCAUCGUGGGGAAACUGAGGCCAAGGUCCAGGACAUGUGCUUCAGCCAGGACAGUCGCUGGGUAGCCAUCAGCACCCUCCGUGGCACCACCCACGUAUUUCCCGUCAACCCUUACGGUGGUGCACCCUGUGCCCGCACGCACAUGUCCCCACGGGUGGUCAACCGGAUGUCUCGCUUCCAAAAGAGCGCUGGCCUGGAGGAGAUCGAACAGGAGCUGAACAGGGCAGCUGCGUUAGGAGGAGGAGCAAGUGGAGGAGGCAUAGGAGGAGGUGGCUGCAUCCUGGGUGGAGGAGGAGGCAUCGGAGGCCGCUGUAGCCCCAUACCUGGUCUGUCUAGUAGCCCCUCUGGGUCUCCACUGCACGCCAAGCUGAGCAGCCAGGAUUCCUACAACAACUUCACCAACAACAACAUGGGGAACCCGCGGCUGUCCCCGCUGCCCAGCCUCACGGUGGUGCUGCCUCUGGCUCAGAUCAAACAGCCCAUGACCCUGGGCACCAUCACCAAACGCACUGGCAAAGCCAAACCACCCCCUCAGAUCUCCCCGAGCAAGUCCAGUGGAGGAGAGUUCUGUGUGGCUGCCAUCUUUGCCUCAUCUCGCUCCUGGUUCAUCACCAACCCCAACAUGAAAAGAGAGAAAGACCAGUCCAGGCAGUCGGUUGUCGACUCGCUGUAUAUCAUCAGUUGCUAUGGUAAUCUGGUGGAGCAUGUCCUGGAGCCUCGACCAAUUAGCACUGCUCAAAAGAUUAGCGAUGACACACCUUUGGAGCUCAGCACCUGUCCAAGGGCCUGCUGGACUCUUGCCAGGACUCCACAGUGGAAUGAGCUGCAACCACCCUUCAACUCCAACCACCCCUUGGUGUUGGCCUCAGACCUGGUGCAGUACUAUCAGUAUCUCCUGGCUGCAAUGCCCCCAGGAAGCCCAGGCCCAAUCACGCGUCAUGAGUCUUCAGACAGCCUGGCGUCGGACCACAGUGGCCAGGAGGAUGAGGAGUGGCUCUCUCAGGUGGAGAUUGUGACCCAUACAGGGCCCCACCGGCGCCUGUGGAUGGGCCCCCAGUUUCAAUUUAAGACCAUUCACCCUUCAGGCCAGACCACAGUCAUCUCCUCCUCAUCCUCAGUCCUUCAGUCCCAUGGCCCCACUGAUGUCCAACAGCCCCUUUUGGACUUUGACACAGACGACCUGGAUCUACACAGCCUCAGGAUCCAGCCAGUACGUUCAGAGCCAGUCAGCAUGCCCGGCUCGUCGCGGCUGGUGCCAGAUCGGAGAGGACAGUCCAACAUCAUGGACACAGGAUCAGGUCCGUUCGAUGGGCGUGGUGUGACCCUGCUGGAAGUUUGUGGUAGCUGGCCGGAAAGCUUCGGCGUACCGAGGCACAACGUUGGCUCAGCUGACGCCACCGAUGAAGGCCUCCGGGAGAGGCUGGCCGACGCCAUGUCUGAGUCCCCCUCCAGGGAUAUAGUAGGAUCUGCUACAGAGCUGCAGAGGGAGGGCAGCAUUGAGACCCUCAGCAACAGCUCGGGUUCCACCAGCGGCAGCAUCCCGCGCAACUUCGAGGGCUACCGCUCCCCCCUGCCCACCAACGAGAGCCAGCCGCUCAGCCUCUUCCCCACCAACUUCCCCUAGAGUCCCACCUCCCGUCCAGGAGCGACCACCGCCGUCCAGCCCGCCUGCCCCACCUGCCUGCCUCCCCCAUAUGUGUCCACGCAGCAUCACACUGGAACGCUGAUGUGUUGGACUGAAACCAAAUCGAGUCCAGGAUUUCUGUUUCUCUGGGCCUUGUGUUUUGUGUUUUUCUCUUCUCUCAGCUGGUCACAAAUGAGUGUGAUCCCAGCUACACACAGUGUUAAUAUUUUAUUUCUCGGGUAUUUUUCUGAGGCUGUCAUUGGCUGUAGUUUGUGGAGAUUUCCAGUCAUUUUUAAUUUGGCCAUUCUCAUGACUCAAAUAAUAAUCACUCUAAAAAUGAAAAUGAUUUAGUGUUCACCCUCAAACUGCAUUGUGUCAUUUAAGAGUGAAAACACAGAGGCAAAUUUAUUGUAGGCUUUUGGAAACUAAUUUAUUUGAAGGUUAAGUGUUGCUGAGCAAUUAACGAAAUCUAAAGUACAGAAAAAUACAAUCUCAUCAAAGCAGAGUAUUUUAAUACAGCUGUGAUCAGGAAGGGAUGUUCUUUGUUUUGUCAGAUUUCUAUAGCAGACCAGUAUCAGCCCUGCACAUCUACCUAACCCCGCCUGUUACCUUGUUGUGUUAGUCAGAAGCCAGUUGACACGGAUGUUGUUGGAGACCGGCUGCAGCUGAUGUCUGCUGUUUCCUCGGCCCACCAUCAUUCUCUGAGUGUGUUUGAAGCUUUACGGUGUGCCUGUUGUCUGAAUGAGCCAUAAGAAAGGGAGUUCAAACAGAGGAAAAAUGUUUAUUCCAGUCAGUGACGUGUAGCAGCUCCUUUUCCCUCCGUGUGUGUGUGUUUGCUGCUCCCGUGGCCUCUUGCUAAAUGUUUUUGAUUAAAUUUGGUCCUCUCAUGCCUUUGAUUUUCACGUAAUUACAUUUGACAAAAGAUUCAGUAAUGAGAUGACACUAUUACUACGUUGCUGAAGUAAUUUAGAUGUUUACAGUGUAAUUCAGAUAUGUUUCUACCCUCAUUUAGAUAUAUUCCCCGCUUGGCCUUUCCAGAGAGUAAAUUUUAAUUGAGCGGAGUAAUAGAGGCACGUGUAGCCGUCAUGCUGUAUUUUGUACAUCAGCCACUUUUGACCAAAAUCUUUUCUCUGCCUCUAGUUGUAGAUCUCUAAAAAUGUAUUUUCCUUAAAUGUACUAGCUUUGCCCGUAGGAGAUUGACUUUGAUAAUCAGAAAUUUCUUUAUUAGACACACUUUGCCUGUUAGCUUGUCCUCGGCAGAAUCUUUGGUGAAAUAUUGACAUGCACUAUUUACAGAGUCACCUUAGAAAACUCGUUAAAUGAUUAUAGUAGUGAACAAUCCCACACGCCUGAGUGUUGUUGGACUGGCUGCAUGUCAUGUUGGCCUGCUCGGCCACUGAAUGAGGGCAUGAAUCUGGAUGUUUUAACUCAGAGCAAAUGCUUGUUGUUGAUGGUAAGAUUAGAUUUGUAAAAUACUGACUUCUUUUCCCAGCAUUCAUGCAAGAAAAGAGCAUAAUAAAAACCA